AUGCACGAACCACUCAUCAAGGCACAUCAGGGCCGGAACAGAAAGAAGGUUAAGUCCGGCUGCAAAACGUGCAAGACCCGUCGCGUGAAAUGUGACGAAAGUCGACCAGCAUGUCGACGCUGCGUCUCUACGGGCCGAAUUUGUGAUGGCUAUGGUAUCUGGGGAGGCGGUGGAAGCCCAUACGGCCAACCCCAGGGUAACCGAGCGCUGUCAACAUACUGCACACCGGUUCCCACCGGCAGCAUGACCAGUGAAGAACAGACCUAUUUCGACUGGUUCAUGGAUAAGACAACCAAGAAGUUUGCUGGUCUAUUUGCCUCUGACUUUUGGGAAACCCUCGUCUUGCAGGCGAGUGCCCAGGAACCUGCCGUGCGUCAUGCGGUGGUCGCCUUGUCAGCAGCCCAUCGAUUCGAUCGAAGUAAUGAGCCGUGGUCUAUUCCUUCCACUUACCUGUUUGAUGUCGAACGGUUUACCUUGCAGCAAUACAACAAGGCUAUUCACCAUCUACGGUUGAUUACGGGAAGCACCCAAAAGAAUACUUUGCGCGUUGCCCUGGUCACCUGCCUGAUUUUUGUUACGUUGGAAUACCUACGUGGGCAGUACCAGAUAGGCAGCGCACAUCUAAGAUAUGGGAUCCAGCUUCUUGCGUCCAUUUCAGCACCAAAGCCUCGAUCAUCUCUGUCUCCAAACAUCCUGAGUCCCGCCGACGACUUUGCCCAUAAUGCGCUGAUCGAUUCAUACUCUCGCCUAACCAUACAGGCAGCCAUGUUUGGUCAUGUUCCCUCUCAUAUGUGCAUUGUGACACGAGAUCCACAAGUCCACGCGCUCCCAUACAUAUUUCCUUCACUUCUGGACGCCCGACAAACGCUCGACGAUCUCCUAAACAGAGUCCACUGUCUAAAGAGACACUACUAUAACCUCCGAUCAUCCCAAUCACAAUUAGACAUAGCCGAUCCAGAAAUGGUUGAAGCCCAGCAAAAGAUCAUAAAUGACCUUUCUCUCUGGCGAAAAGCAUAUAACGCCUCACUCACUCGCCUCGAAGCAGAAGCUAGCCGCAAAGACAAAUUCGGAAACAUUUUACUCCGUGUAUACCACGAAUUGGCAACCAUAAUGGCAUUAGUUUGUCUAUCCGAUGACGAGAUGGUUUUUGACACAUACACAGAAAAUUUCCUGGCAAUUCUCAAAGGAUUCAACGAUCUAUGGAAUUUUUGGGCAGAUGCUAGUAUCCAGAUCAAAGAACUCAAGCAUAUUUUCAGUAUUCCUGAAUCUGAUGAUGGAUGCCACGGGUUCACUGUCGAGUCUGGAUUCAUCCCUCCCAUUUAUUAUACCGCGCUCAAAUGUCGUAUUCCUCGGAUUCGACAGCAUGCUAUUCGGGUUUUACAGGCUGCUCCACAUAGAGAGGGCGUCUGGAAUGGUGCUCUCUUGGCUCAUAUUGUAAGGGAAGUGGUUAGGAUUGAGGAAGGGGAUUAUACUGAGGAUGUCGGUGCAGAUGAGCCUAUGUACACGGAUAUGCCAUCUGCUAAGGAGUUUGCCUUGCCGGAAACCGAGGCGUCGAGGCGCAUAUCGGAUGUGGCGGUGAUACUGCCGGAUCAGGUGAAGGGUGAUACGUUUGUAAGUUAUAAGAAGCAGCUGGGGGAUGGUCAGUGGGAGACUUAUAAGCAAAGGGUGAAGCCUGGCUGGAUGAAAUGUGCGGGGUCUCGGUAG